CCAGCGGCCAGCGUUUUGACGCUGCGUGAAAUUGCACCUUUAUCGUAAAGAGUGGCAAACUUCGUAGUAUUUAUCUGCUGAUGACAUAAGUUUCAAAGAACGAGAAGGAAGAAACUUUAGCAGGAUGGAAAAUUAUAUGGUGUUUAUUCAAAUUAUUCGGUUUUUCAAUCAUCAUUCCUUGGUUGGUGUAUCAUUUUUAUGAUAUUAUGCUGCAAAAGCGGAAGAGAGCAGCUCUUGGUAACAAGGUUGUUAUGAUAACUGGCGCUAGUUCUGGCUUAGGAGAAGCUUUAGCUCAUACAUUCUAUAGCUUGGGUUGCAGAAUUAUCUUGGUAUCUCGUAGAAAAGAAGAAUUAGAGAGAGUAAAGAAUGAUUUAAUGAAUACUCAUCAAACAAUUCCAAUGUAUCCACCUAUUGUUCUAUCAUUAGAUUUAACUGAUAUUAAUAACUUGAAAGAUGAAGUGUCAAAAACUAUAAUGAUACAUAGCAGAAUUGAUAUUUUAAUUAAUAAUGCUGGUAUUUCAUAUAGAGGAGAAGUUAUUGACACAAAUGUCGAUAUAGAUAUAAAAGUCAUGUUAUCGAAUUAUUUCUCUCAGGUUGCAUUAAGCAAAAUUGUUCUUCCAUACAUGAUAGAGCAAAAAUCUGGUCAUAUAAUAGGUAUAAGUAGUGUGCAAGGGAGAAUCGCUAUUCCAUUUAGAUCUGCAUAUACUGCAUCUAAGCAUGCAUUACAAGCUUGGUACGAUACUGCAAGAGCAGAGCUAUCUGACAAAAAUAUAAAAUUUACAGUUGUCAAUCCAGGAUAUAUUAAAACAUCUCUUUCUCUUAAUGCCUUGACAGGAAAUGGGCAAGUUUAUGGAAUAAUGGAUAAAACAACUGAAAGUGGUUUUCAACCAAAGUAUGUAGCUGAAUGUAUUUUAAAAUCUAUAUUGAAGCAAGAAAAGGAAGUUACUAUUGCAUCGUUUUCUCCAAAGUGUGCUAUAGUACUUAGAACUCUGUUCCCUUCGCUUUAUUUCUGGAUUAUGCAAAAGCGUGCGAGAAAAUUAGCACGAGACAAAUAAUAUCAUUUUGAUUA